CAAACCCAAUCGAUGCCCGAGUAAUUGAUCAGAGGUUGCGUCCGGGAAAGGUUUUAUUUUUCCGGUUGUUUUGCCCUUUUUGUUGCUAACAGUCGCUUGUCGUUAAAGCGGGAUGGAUACCGACUUGACCUUCUCCUCUCGUCGGUCUCCUGUGGUGUGUUUACACGGCUGUGUAGCGUCCAGCCAGCCGCUAGCUUCAAAUAUAGGACUGGAUGUCCUGAAGCGUGGUGGUAAUGCGGCAGAUGCUGCAGUUGCCAUAGCAGCAGCGCUGGCGGUAACAGAGCCAUGUAGCACCGGUCCUGGUGGAGACGCCUUCUGUUUGUUCUACAACGGAGACACUGGAGAGAUCAGAGGAAUUAAUGGCAGUGGUCGUUCGCCUAGAGCGCAGACCCUGGAGUUCCUGGAAAGCCGUGGUUACACUGCAGAUGCCCCUCCUUCGCCUUUUAAUGCCUUGAAUAUCACAGUACCAGGGGCUCCUGCGUGUUGGUGUGACACUGUGCAGCUGUUUGGGAGUCACAAGCUGUCCUUUCAGGAGGUGCUGAGUGGGGCGUUGGAGCUUGCAGAGGUGGGGUUUCCUGUUGCCAAGGUAACAGCUCACCACUGGGCAAAUGGCGUGGCUGCUCUGAGAGAUGCUGGGAAGGAACUAGGUGGGGACCUGCUGAUUGACAAUCACCCUCCCAAAAGUGGACAAGUAUUUAGAAACCCUGCCCUAGCUCGGACCCUGAAGGAGCUGGGUGAACGGGGAAAACCAGCUUUCUACCAGGGCAGAGUGGCCCAAGCCAUUGUUGAUGUCAUCCGCCAACACGGAGGAGUCAUGACCCUGGAUGACCUCAGCAGCCACGACAGUGAGGUCAUCACCCCCAUAAGCACAGAAUACAAGGGCGUGCGACUAUGGGAGCCCCCUCCUAACAGUCAGGGACUGGCUGCCCUGCUGCUGCUCAACAUCCUGGAGAACUUCCCUCUCAAAGCUUUGGGCCAUAACAGCUCUGACUACAUCCAUGUUUUGGUGGAGGCUGUGUGUCUGGCACUAACAGAUGCUCUGUGUUACCUGGGUGACCCAGACCACGUGACCCUCCCUCUGGAAACCUUACUGGACAAGAGCUACAGCCGUCAGCGAUCACAGUGCAUCAGCAUGGAGAGGGCCAUGGAGGGAGUGGAGCCUGGCCUAAUGACAGGAAGUGACACAGUCUAUUUCUGUGUGAUUGACAGUCAUGGGAACGCAUGCUCAUUUGUUAACAGCAUCUAUAUGGCCUUUGGGAGUGGGCUGGUCCCAAAGGAUUGUGGAUUCUCACUACAGAAUCGAGGUGCCAACUUUUCUCUGCGUCGUAACCACAUUAACUGUGUUGCUGGGGGGAAACGGCCGUAUCACACCAUAAUACCUGCACUCCUCACAGCCUCUGCUGCCACAUCAGAAAAACCACAACUCCGUGCUGCGCUAGGAGUGAUGGGGGCUUUUAUGCAGCCACAAGGACACGUCCAGGUGUUGCUGAACAUGUUGGAGUUCGGGAUGAAUCCUCAAGAAGCUCUGGAUGCACCGAGAGUCUACGUACAGUAUGACCAAAAAACUGGUGAGUGGUUGGUUAAUCUGGAGGAGGGGGUCGACCAGGAGGUAGCUGAGGAGCUGAAAAAACGAGGCCAGAAAGUCAACUGGCCAAUCACGGGCCACAAGAGGUCUCAGUUUGGGCGGGGACAGAUCAUCACAGUGGGGGAUUGGUGGAACCCAUCUGUCAAUCAAGCCGAUCAUCCAGCCAGGGUGCUGUGGGCGGGAUCAGAUGCCAGAGCUGAUGGAUGUGCUCAGGGCUACUAGGCAUAGUUAACCUCCUUUCAUCUCCACUGUAGAUGUAAUAAUCUGAUAAACUGAUCACAAAGCUUUCUGAAGGCAAAUUCCUACAUGAAAUGUAGAGAAGUUCUCUCAGUAUUAGGCUGUGAUAAAUUUCACAGUGAACCUUUUAUUCAGCUGAUUGAUUUUAUUACCAUGUGUAACUUGACAAGAAUUCAGGUUGUAGCGCAGGAUGAUAUGGACUGCACACUGAUGAAGUGCCUUUUUUCAUCAUGCUCUUUUCUCAUUUUACUACUGUUGUCUGUUUACAUACACACUUGUAUGUAAUUGAUUAUUGCUACUGUAUGUGCUCUAUGUAGUCUGUGAGAUACACUAGCUGCAGACCAGUGUCAUAUGUCAUGUGUUCUGCAUUUUGAUGUCAUGGUUAGGGGUUUGUUUGCGCAAAUCUUUGUGUAACAUUAUAUUGUACACCAAAGAUCAGUCCCCAGAGGAUGAAUCCUGACGUCUGUUCGUCUUGUGGUUGAGAUAAUUAUCAGUUUCAGUCUCUAAUUAGUUGCUGCUAAUGUGGUGUUUGCUAGAAAUGGUACCAGGAUCAUUACAAACAGUCUAUAACCCUCCUUCCUCAAUAAAUGAUAGUUGCAUCAUUACUCGAGGCAACAUUGACAACUCAACAAAUUGAGUUUAGAUAAUGUAAUAAUGUGUGUGAAUUAAGUCAAUCAGUGACAUAUCAUAUUUGUUUUUGCUGUUGUUGAAAGCAGUCUGUAUUUCAAAUGAUCUGUGGUGCUAAAUGAAAUAUACUGGAUCUAUUCAGAAUGA